CGUGGCGCUGCGUAACCUGGCGACCCCCUCCCCCGGCAGCCCGGCCUGGCCAUGGCGGCCCCCCGCCCGCCUCCCGCCGUCUCCGUGUCCGUGUCGGCCCCGGCGUUCUACGCCCCGCAGAAGAAGUUCGCCCCGGUCGUGGCACCGAAGCCCAAAGUGAAUCCUUUCCGGCCUGGGGACAGCGAGCCUUCUUCAGUGGCCUUCGGGGCCCAGCGAGCGCAGAUGGGCCGGGUGGGCGAAAUCCCCCCGCCGCCCCCCGAAGACUUCCCUUUGCCCCCUCCUCCCCUUAUUGGGGACUGUGACGACUCGGAGGGAGCCCUGGGAGGUGCGUUCCCACCUCCGCCUCCCCCGAUGAUCGAGGAACCAUUCCCCCCUGCCCCUCUGGAGGAGGAUAUCUUCCCCUCCCCACCACCUCCACUGGAGGAGGAGGGAGGGCCCGAGGCCCCCACCCAGCUCCCACCGCAGCCCAGGGAGAAAGUGAGCAGUAUUGACCUGGAGAUUGACUCUCUGUCUUCACUACUGGACGACAUGACCAAGAAUGACCCCUUCAAGGCCCGGGUAUCAUCUGGAUAUGUACCCCCAUCAGCUGCCACCCCGUUUAUUCCCAAGCCUAGCACCAAGCCUGUCCCUGGGGGCACAGCACCUUUGCCUCCUUGGAAAACCCCUUCGGGCUCCCAGCAACCACCUCAGCCGCAGGCCAAGCCUCAGGUCCAGCGCCAUGUCCAACCUCAGGCCAAGCCCCAGGUCCAGCCCCAACCUGCGUCUUCCACUAACGCGCAGCCCCGAGGUCCCCUGUCUCAGGCUCCAACUCCAGCGCCUAAGUUUGCCCCAGUGGUUCCCAAAUUUACUCCCGUGGCUUCCAAGUUCAGCCCGGCUCCGAGUGGACCUGGGUCACAGCCCAGUCAAAAGUUGGUGUCUCCAGAAGCUCCCUCUCCUGUGGGCACAGGGGCCCCUCAGCCCACCAACCUCACCUAUGCUCAGCAGAAAGAGAAGCCCUUAGUGCAAGAGAAACAGCACCCAGUGCCUCCUCCAGCUCCGAGCAAAACCCAAAACCAGGUGCGCUCUCCUGGAGGUCCGGGACCCUUGACCCUCAAGGAGGUGGAGGAGCUGGAACAGCUAACACAGAAGUUGAUGCAGGACAUGGACCACCCUCAGGGGCAGAGCGUGUCUGUGAAUGAGACCUGUGGCCGAUGCAGUCAGCCGCUGCCCCGGGCACAGCCUGCCGUCCGCGCACUGGGCCAAUUGUUCCAUAUUGCCUGCUUCACUUGCCAUCAGUGUCAGCAGCAGCUGCAGGGCGGGCAGUUCUACAGCCUGGAAGGGGUGCCGUAUUGUGAGAGCUGCUAUACUGAGACCCUGGAGAAGUGCAACACCUGUGGGCAGCCCAUCACCGACCGAAUGCUGAGGGCCACUGGGAAACCGUACCACCCGAAGUGCUUUACGUGCGUGGUCUGUGCCUGUCCCCUGGAGGGCACCUCCUUCAUCGUGGACCAGGACAACCAGCCCCACUGUGUCCCUGAUUAUCACAAGCAGUAUGCUCCAAGGUGCUCCGUCUGCUCGGAGCCCAUCAUGCCUGAGCCUGGCCGGGAUGAGACUGUGCGAGUAGUCGCUCUGGACAAGAACUUCCAUAUGAAGUGUUACAAGUGUGAGGACUGUGGGAAGCCCCUGUCCAUUGAGGCAGACGACAACGGCUGCUUCCCUCUGGAUGGCCACGUCCUUUGUCGGAAGUGCCACACCGCUAGAGCCUAGACCCGAGUUGAGGACGGGCCUCCUUCCAGACUACAGGUCCAUUCCCCACCGUGGACCACACACGCUGAGACCAAUCCUUGCCUCUACCCUCCCUACAUUCCAAACCCCUCCCCAGUAUCCCCUGACCCAGGGCCUCAGCAUGACCUAAAAGUGCCGAGGCCCGGUCCCGGGCUCCACCCCUUGCCUCUCUUACAGGGAUUGCCUAUCGUCCUGAGGUCCCCAACCCAAGGGUCACAUCCAGCGCUGCCGCUCUCACGGUUGUACCCAUGCCCCUGGCUGGCCUGAGCAGCCCGUGCAGCGUGCUUGCUGAGGGUGCCAGAGCCAGCCCUCCAGCAGCCUGGACACCCACCUUGCCCUUUGUGCUGCUAGGUUGUGGCCACAGCUAAAAUUAUAAAACCUCAUUUUCCAGA